AUGGUAAGCCUCUGUUUCAAGCUAAAGAUGUUCAUGAGCUGUUUAGAGAAGAAAAAUAAGCUCUGCAAUGAUAAAGAAGAAACACGAACCGGGCCUUGUGAAACACGACGUAAUUUUUCUUUGGUUUUGUCUUCUUCAUUUCUUUGGCUACAGAUAUUGGGUUUUAGACCUGAAAGAUGGUCUGGAAACUUGAAAGCGAGAUCUUUCCAAGCACAGAAAGAUCAUCUUCUAUUUCCUUUCUCUUUGAUGGGAAAUUGCUUCCAAAGUUGGCUACUUGCAGGUUUGUAACUUUCCCGCUCUGUCUUGGUAAAUUGGCUAUAA